GUUUUGGGACGAGGAGAAUUUCAGUGUACAAAGACUGGCCCGAAAUAACCAACCCAUUACCCAAUAAAAAGCCCACCCCAAAAUCUCUAUCUCACUGAAUAUUACCUCCCCCUGACACAGCGUCUGCGUCCGCAUCUGCUUCACUCUUCUCCAAUCUCCCACCCUUUAGACUUCACUUCACUGGUUAUCUUACACACCCCUCCUUUUCUAAAUCAAUCUAACGAUGGGCAAGGGUGGUGCUUUCAGCGAUAGUGUGAUCAAGAAGAUCUUGCUGUCCUACACUUACGUCGCCAUAUGGAUCUUCCUCUCUUUCACCGUCAUUGUUUACAACAAGUACAUCCUCGACAAGAAGAUGUACAAUUGGCCCUUUCCCAUCUCUCUUACCAUGAUCCACAUGUCCUUUUGUGCAACUCUUGCCUUUCUCCUCAUCAAAGUCUUCAAAUUCGUUGAGCCUGUCUCCAUGUCUCGAGAUCUUUACCUCUCGUCCGUCGUCCCCAUCGGCGCUUUGUAUUCUCUCAGUCUUUGGCUCUCUAACUCUGCCUAUAUUUAUCUCUCUGUUUCCUUCAUCCAGAUGUUGAAAGCCCUGAUGCCUGUCGCGGUUUACUCCAUUGGCGUUCUUUUCAAAAAGGAGACUUUCAAAACUGAUACCAUGGCUAAUAUGCUGUCGAUCUCCUUUGGUGUCGCUGUGGCAGCUUAUGGUGAGGCGAGAUUUGACACGUGGGGGGUUAUUUUGCAAUUGGGUGCCGUUGCUUUUGAGGCAACAAGGCUGGUAAUGAUUCAAAUCUUGCUCACAUCAAAGGGAAUUACUUUGAAUCCCAUUACGUCUCUGUAUUAUGUUGCGCCUUGUUGUUUGGUUUUCUUAGUUGUUCCCUGGAUUUUUGUCGAGUUGCCGGUAUUGAGGAGCACAUCUAGUUUUCAACUUGAUUUCGUGAUAUUUGGGACUAAUUCUUUUUGUGCUUUCGCCUUGAAUCUUGCGGUUUUCUUACUUGUUGGAAAGACAUCUGCUUUGACUAUGAAUGUGGCUGGUGUUGUUAAGGAUUGGUUGUUGAUCGCGUUUUCGUGGUCUGUGAUUAAGGAUACAGUGACCCCGGUGAAUCUGUUUGGAUACGGGUUGGCGUUUUUGGGGGUUGCAUAUUACAAUCACUCGAAAUUGCAGGCAUUGAAGGCGAAGGAAGCACAGAAGAAGGCUGGACAGGUUGAUGAGGAAGCAGGGAAGUUGUUGGAGGAGAGGGAUGGUGAAGGAGGAUCGACAAAGAGGAAUGAGUCUCAAGAUUAAUUUUUUAGUUAACAAAUUAUGAAAAUAAGUGCAAGGAGAGGACAAUGAAGAAAAAAGGGUUUCUGAGUUGGGACGAGAUAUUUUCUUUUGCUCAUUGGACGCAUUUUAGGUUUGGUAUGCUGUUUUAGGUUUUGAUUUAUUAUGCUAGUUGACUGUGGCUGUUUCGUAAUAGUGUUAGGGAUUUGAGAUUUAAUUCUGGUUGCUUACAGUGCCGAAUCAUGUAUGUUAGUAGAGUAAGAAUCUCAAAUACCCUUUAUCUUUUUUGUUGUUUUGUUUUUCAUUUUAUGUGUCUGUAGGUGUUACCUAUUCAAUUGAUGGAGUUUUAAUGCUUAUUUAUUCA